AUGUCACAGGAGUUGUCGCCGUCCUCGGGAUCAUUGCCACUUGGAAACCUCGAACCUAUAAUCAGUCAUGGUCCAGCGAUAGGCAGUGGUGGAGGACUUAGCGGUGGCGGCGGGGGGUACGGACCGUCAAAGCCUGGGAAACAAGACCGAACUGAAGCGAAAAAGCAUGAUUCAUCUACAAAUAGAGAGCAUGAGAUGAAGUUAUCACCCAUGUUUAAUGUUCUAAUAGCAGGUGGAGUGGGUGGUGCUUUUGGCGACAGCAGCAUGUAUCCACUGGAUACAGUCAAGACUCGACAACAAGGUUCGCCUAAUACUAUAAAGUAUAGAACAAUGUGGACAGCAUCAAAGACGAUUUUGAAAGAAGAAGGCAUAUUUAGAGGAAUCUAUCGAGGAUACUUACCUGCGUUAUUGGGAUCGUUUCCUUCGACAAUGGCAUUUUUUGGAGCAUAUGAGACCACCAAACGGAAACUGAUUCUGGAUUACGAGGUUCCAGAUACUUUAGCACACUUGACAGCAGGGUUUCUAGGUGAUUUGGCCAGCUCGUUUAUUUAUGUGCCGAGUGAGGUUCUCAAAACUAGAUUACAAUUACAGGGUAGAUACAAUAACCCGUACUUCAAUAGUGGGUAUAAUUACCGGGGUAUGACAGACGCAGUUCGAACUAUCGUCCGAACUGAGGGUCCAGGGGCCAUGUUUUACGGAUUUAAAGCCACCCUAGUUCGAGACUUACCCUUCUCGGCCCUUCAACUUGCAUUUUACGAAAAAUUCCAUCAGGCUGCGCAGCGACUUGCCGGUCAUGGCAAUGACAUGGGAAUUGGUCUAGAGUUAGCCACUGGAGCUCUAGCAGGAGGUUUGGCUGGCAUGAUCACUACACCUUUAGAUGUGGUCAAGACCCGGAUUCAGACCCAGACUCCUGAGACCGCGGCCAGAGCUGGUGAAACUAUAGCUAACUCGACGUGGUCGGGACUCAAAACAAUAUAUAAGAACGAGGGAAUCGCCCGCUCAUUCAGCGGCGUGGGACCCCGAAUUGUGUGGACAUCGAUCCAAAGCAGUGUCAUGCUUCUGGUGUACCAAUAUACACUCAAGUUUCUUGACGACCGCCAGACUGCCUCGGACAGGCAAACCGUUCUGGCCUAA